CUCUUGGAGGUGGACGAGGCAUUCAUGCCCAGAGAUCAUUCAGACGACGAAAUUAUCAUUUCAAGAUCUGGCUGUGUGUUGUGUCUGCGGUCAAUGGGAAUUUGCCACACCAUACCAUCAGCUGCAGUCCUCCCAGAGGCAAGAAAUUCCAUGGAUACACUAGGCUUACCACCCUAUCCAGACACCGAUGAUACGAUCCUAUUAACGUGGGAAGAUCGGUAUGAAAGCUUAAAACGGUUGGUCGAAGGGGUACCAAGGAGCUACAUUUGUACUCGCUAUGGUCAAGAGGUCUCUUCGAUUCGUAUCACGAGGAAUUUACCUUAUAUGUAA